AUGGCACAAAUGAAAGUGUUAAUCAGCGGUGCUGGCAUCACUGGAAAUGCCCUCGCUUACUGGCUCUCCAAGUUGGGCCACGAUGUCACCGUUGUUGAACGCUUCCCUGAACUUCGAACCACUGGUCUCCAAGUUGAUCUCCGAGGUCCUGGCGUCGAGGUUCUGAAGCUCAUGGGCUUUGAUCAAGCUUUCCGGGCCAAGUCGGUUCCAGAACAAGGAUUUCUCAUCGUCGAUAGCGCGAACAGACGACGCGCCUAUUUCGGAGUAAACAAGUCAGGCAAAGGGUUGCAGAGCUUCACCACCGAAUAUGAGAUCAUGAGGGGUGACUUGUGUCGUAUCAUGUACGAUGUUAUAAAGGACAAGGUCACUUUUCGCUUCGGGGUCUCGAUUGAUAGCUUCAAACAAAAGAACAACGAGGUCGAAGUUCACUUUACCGAUGGUACAACGGAUCAUUUCGACUUCUUGGUUGGUGCUGACGGCAUGGGCUCAAAUACCCGCAAACUCAUGUUGGGCCCCGGUGUUCAAGACGCAUUGCGUCCAGUUAAGGGUGCCUACACGGCAUACUUUACGAUUCCUCGCCCCAUUCAAAAGGGCGAAGAGUACAAUUCUACAUUUUACCUGGCAACUGGAAGGCGAGCUAUCAUGACGCGGAGACACAGCCCACAGGAGAUCCAGGUAUACCUCCCUUGCAACACGACCUCUGAUCGAAUGAAGCAGGCACACCGAGACGGAGUAGACGAGCAAAAGAAAGUGCUAGCAGAGAUUUUUGACGAUGCAGGAUGGGAGGCAAAAGACAUUCUGCGAGAUAUGUUUAACUCGGAGAACUUCUACUGUGAACGGCUCGGUCUCGUUAAACUCGACUCUUGGUUCAACGGCAAUGUCGCGCUUGUUGGUGAUGCUGCUUACUGUCCUUCGCCGCUCACCGGCAUGGGAACAACUUCUGGUCUUGUAGGAGCUUACGUCUUGGCUGGAGAGAUUGGUCGUCACUGUGGGAAACCAAAGGACGGAGCCAAGGCGCCUACUGAUGGUCUUGAUGUGGCGUUUAAGAGCUAUGAUGACAAGUUUAGGCCAUUCAUCGACCAGGUAACACACGGAGUGGGCGAUGACACAAUCUUUUGGAACCAGAUGCCAUCGUCGGCAUUUGCUGUUGCGCUCGUCAACUUGAUUCUUGGAAUAGCGGCAUUCCUAAGGUUGAAUGUAGUCGGAAACUGGAUUCUGAAGGAGAAUGUGAAAUGGACACUUCCUAACUAUGAUGAGCUGAUGAGAAGUUGA